ACACCCGGCACGCCGGCUACAAAAAUAGACAAGAUGCAGGUAGCCACUCCAGGCGGGAACAGACCGAGGGAAGAGAAAAUCACGGUGACUGUAAGAUUAAGGCCGUUGAACAAAAGGGAACAAUCUGCCAAAGACCAUGUCGCGUGGGAGUGCAUUGAUGAUCACACAAUUGUAUAUAAACCUUCCCAACGCGAGCGGGCAGCUCAACAGAGCUCAUUCACAUUUGAUAAAGUCUUUGGUCCUGACUCUAUAACCGAAACAGUAUAUGAGGAUGGAGUAAAGAAUGUAGCUUUAUCUGCUCUCAUGGGAAUCAAUGCAACCAUAUUUGCAUACGGCCAAACUAGUAGUGGAAAAACUUACACGAUGAGAGGAAUUACAGAGAAAGCUGUUAAUGAUAUAUAUACACACAUAAUGAAUACUCCUGAACGAGACUUCAGAAUAAAAAUUUCUGGCCUAGAAAUCUACAAUGAGAAUGUCAAGGACUUAUUGAAUUCAGAGUCUGGCCGCAAUCUCAAGUUGUUAGAUGAUCCAGAGAAAGGAACAGUGGUUGAAAAAUUAGUGGAAGAGGCGGCAGACGAUGAUCAUCAUUUAAGGCGCUUAAUAAAUAUUUGCGACAGUCAAAGACAAGUAGGCGAGACUGCCCUUAAUGACACUAGCUCUAGAUCGCACCAGAUAAUAAGACUG